AUGUUUACUUAUUCAUUGGAAAGCCCAAUUAUUGUCAAGUUUCUAAACCAUUUGGAUGAUUUGUAUAAUGACACAAUUCAUGGUUUGGAUGAAUCAUUAACACUUGACAUCUCAAUCGUGCUUAAAUAUGACAACUCAAUUUACUCAAUUCCAUCUUCAAACGAUACCAAUGAUGACAAUAAUAAUGGUAAUAGCAAUGAACAUGAUAUUGAUCUAACAAAUGUUUCUCCUAUAAUUGAAAAAAUUUUGAAAUUGCUUGAAAAAGAUCGAAGUUUGUUGUUUUAUUUUAAGAUUGAUCCUAAUUUAAAAUUAAUUGAUAUUUUAAAGGCCAUUUUCAGUAGACUAUCAAUUAAUCAAUUGAACUCAAUUUUUGAUAUUAACCAAUUAGUACUAGUUUUAAACACUGUCCGAAUACCCGAUUUCGCUAGUUUGGCAAUUAAAAUUAUUCAAGUGGACUAUAAUAAUAACUCGGAACUAAUUGAUCAAGAUAUUUUAUUCCAUUUAAUUAGCAUUUUAAAUUCAAAUCAAAAAAUCGAUUACGAAUAUAUAAAUUCUAUAAUCAACUCCUUUAAAGGUUACUUCAUUAAUAACAAUAAUAGCAAUCCGGAUAAAAAUGGACUUUCUAAAAUUUACAAUAAAUUACUUAGCGAUAAAAAAAUUAUAUCUAUUUUUAAUCAAAUGAAAACUUCCAGCUCCACUUUAAUCAUUUCAAGAUAUUUUGAGAUUAUUUUAGUUUUGACAGAAUAUUUGCCUCAAAAUGAACUCUCAAUACAAAAUAAAUUAAUAAGCGAAUUUGAUCAAUUUUAUUAUAUAGAUUUGAAAUUAUAUCUCACUGAUUUCCUAUUCUUAGCCAAUAUAAUUAAAUUCCAAACCGAUUUAUUAAACUUCAUCAAUCAAGAUUCACUUAAAUUCGAUUGGUUGUUGACUAUUUUAAAAAAAAAUAAUCUUAUUCAUGAAAUUAUAAAAGUUUGGAUAAAAAGAAACGAAAUUCCAGAUUUAAAUUGGAUUAUAAAUGAAUUCAUUUUGUACUUAUCUGCUCUAUCAUAUAUCAAUAAUGCCUCACUUAUAAAUGAAUUUUAUCCGGUAUAUUCUAAUAAUCAAAAUUUUGUUGACAAAAAUAACUCAUUUUAUCUUUCAAAUAUAAAUCCUGAGUUUCUAUUAACCUUAAAUUCACAAAAUGUGAUCCGUCUAAAUUCUUUAUCUUUAAAUAAUAAAUCCUCAGUUAUUUUUUGCAAUUUGGUCAAUAAUAUCAAUUCUUUUAAUUUUAUAAAAUCAAUAUUUACUGAUUCAAAUUUAAAUAACUUGCAAUUAUUUGAACUUUAUGAAUUGUUAUUAGUGAUGUCUAGUUUUACUUAUUCUUCACAAUUUCUAUUCACAGAUAUUCCAAGUAUUAUUAAUAAUAAAUUGUUAAUGAAUGAUCGUAAUAAUAUUGACGAAAAUAUAGUUAUCAGUGAUGCAAAUUUACAAAAAAUGAGACUAAAAAUUUUGAGUAAUUUAAUUGAAAAACAAAAGGAUAAAAUUGAGUAUAUGGGUUUCAAAUCAAAGUUAAUUACAUUACACAAAGAGUUGGUGUCUAUUAGUUCUAAACCUCAAUUUGUCAAAGCCGGUAUCAAAGAUACAACCAUGUAA